CAACAUGGCGUCGGCGUGUUUUCAGGAGGACAUGUCCUUUUCUUGUCCAGUGUGUCUGGAACUGUUGAGAGAUCCAGUGGCGAUACCCUGUGGACAUAAUUUCUGUAUGAGGUGUAUUAAUGGCUGCUGGGAUCAAGAGGAUUUGAAAGGAAAAUAUAGCUGCCCUGUGUGCAAGCACAAUUUCUGUCCUAGACCAAUGCUGCACAGAAACCCACUGAUUACUGAAAUGGUGGACAAGUUCAAAAGCACCCGUCUCCAAGCUUCUGAUCACUGUUAUGCUGGACCUGAGCACGUGGAUUGUGAUGUUUGCCCAAGGAGGAAACUCAAAGCUGUCAAGUCCUGUCUGGAUUGCCUCAAGUCAUACUGUGAAAUGCAUUUAAAGUCUCACAAUGAACAUGUUAAAAGACCUCACACCAUGAUUGAUCCCACAGCCCAGCUACAAGAGAGGAUUUGCCCUCGUCAUAACAAGGUUUUGGACAUAUUCUGUCGCACCGACCAAAGUUGCAUCUGCUAUUUUUGCGUGAUGGAAGAUCAUAAAGGCCAUGAUACAGUCAUAGCUGCAGCAGAGUGGAGCCUUAAAAAGGAGGGGUUGGCGCAGAAACAAGACAGAUGCCAUCAGAUAAUCCAGUUGAAGGAGAAGGAGCUACUGGACCUGAGGAAGGCUGUGGAGACUCUCAAGACGGCAGAAGAGGACAGUGACAAGUUGCUUGCUGAGAUAGAGCAGGAGAUUGCUGAGGUGAAGAGGACAGAAGCUGAGAUGAAACAGCUUGCAAUGACUCAAGAUCCCAUCUAUUUCCUUAAGAACAUUGUGUCCAUUCCAGAUGACACAUACAACACUGUGUGGACCAGCAAAACCUUCAGAUUCUUUCAACCUAUGCAGAAAUCUGUCUCUGCACUGAACAGACAGCUGGAGGAGAAAUUAGAUUUGAUUGUCAAGCAGGAAGAAGAUCAUGAUCCCCCAGUCAGAAAAGCAGAUAGUAAGGAGUGGAUGCCACCAAAGAGUAAGUAA